AUGCUCAUAUUAUCAUAUGGCAACAACAUAACUAAGACACAAGUGUUUACAACAGUUGACACAUGUGUUCCAAAAUUACCUGACAUAGAAGACUUUUGGAAUAUAGAAACAAUAGGAUUGAAAGAUAGCACAAAUGAAAGAACUGAGGAUGAUCAAGCGAUAGAUAAGUUCAAAGAAAGUUUUGUGUUCAAAGAUAACAGAUAUUAUGUCAAGUGGCCGUGGAGAGGCGACAAUUAUGAAAUUCCAGAAAAUCGUCCUCUAGCUUUUGGACGACUUAAGUCAUUAGUGAAAAGGUUCAAAGAUAACCCAGAUGUAUUACAGAAAUAUGAUUCUGUUAUUCAAGAUCAGCUUGAAAAGGGAAUUAUAGAAAAAGUUGAGACCUCUGAAAAGAAUAGACAUAUCCAUUACUUACCUCAUCACGCAGUGAAUAAAGCCUGA